ACGACAGAACAGACCAGAGAGGAGCAAAGUAAAGUUAAUUAGUAUUUUUGUCGUCCAUUCUUGUGCGUUUUCUCGUGAUCAUUGAUCAGAUCUCGUGUGAAAUAUGUUCGCACCUGGCGUGUGUUUAGUUUUUGUGAGUGUUUUCCUAGUUUUGGCGGUGAAUGGCGCCGCUCCUCCACCGCUCUCAGUGAACGUUCAUGAAGGCGGUGCCGCUGCCUCCUCGUUGCUUCCCAGUGCGUGUCGCAGCACUGUGAAUGGCAGCGUGGAGAUCCGUCUGCCCUUUAUGGACAUGGAGCUGAGCCACGAGUAUCCGUUCUAUCUUCUGCGCGAACCCAUCGAGGAUGUGCUGCUGGUGCUGCACGGCUACGAGCUUUUUCAGCUGCACGUGGCCAGCGGUGGGAACAAGCGUCUGGUGCGUCUGGGCGAGCUGGCGGGACGGCUGCGGGCGCUGCCCGCUGCCUCACUGGGCGCCGAGGUGGUGGCCUGGCGUCAGUUCCUGCUGCUGGCCAUCGUUCUGCCCGAGACGCUGGAGGUCUACCAGCUGCCCAAGGAGCAGCUCAUGGCCGAGGGCACACAGCUGAGCUUUGAGCCCAUACAGGAGUUCUCGUUGGCCCACGGCUUCCAGCAGAUGCACUUGCUCAGGCAUCCGGCUCCGGAGAAGGUGCUGCUUCUGCUCGCCUCCAACUACACGAAAUCCCAGGGGCGGAUACAAACCUUCGAGUGGCUGGACACGUACUUCAAUCCCGUGGAAGAUUUAUUCCUGCCCGCCAUCCGCACGCUCCAGUUGGUGGGCCAACAGCCCCUGUACAUCCUCACCGGCCGUUCCGUGCGCGGCUCCCACUCCAAGUUGGUGAUCACCGUUUUCGAGCUGGAGCCGGCCACGAUGCACCUGCGGACACGUCAGACCCUAACCACUCAGGCCCGGCAUGUGCUGACGUUCCGCUUUCUCGAGCGCAACUGCUUCAUUGCCUGCUCCUCGGCACCUGAUACCAAUGUGACUGCCACAGCCACAGCCAGUGCUAGUACUUCUCCGGCCUGCCUUCUCUUCCGCAUGGUCGAGGGACAGUUUGUGGUGUAUCGCAAGCAUGUACAGCGCGAUCUGCGCUUCUCCCGCCUGACGGUGGCCCAGCAGGGCCGUCUCCUGAUAGGCGCACGCUCCAAUGGGGAAGUGCUCGUCUUCAAUAGCCCGCGGCUGGACUGCUACAAUGGAUUUGUUGUGCGUGGGGAUGUGCAACCAAGCGGUUUGCUCAGCCAUCGCAACGCACAGAACGAGAGCUACUUGUUGCUGGCCUAUCGCCGAUCCUCCAGUGACUUGGUGCGCAUGGUGCAGCUGGGCGGAGAGCCGCAACAGCAGGAGCAGCAGGACAGCAGCAACCGAGUGGGUGCAGAAGAUCUAAGCGUUGUGCAGCUGCAUCGCCACGAGUUCGAGGACACCCUGUCUAGCCUGAGGGGCCUUCUGUUGCGCCGCAAAGCUUCAAUGGAGGAGCUAAGCCGCUGGCAGAAGCUACUGCAACAUCACUCGUCGAUCCAAUUGCAAAAACCCUUUCAUUUGGCUGCUAAAGGACGCAUCCAAAGGUUGCAGCUGCAGGGCAGCCACCUUCUUAGUCCCACCCAGCUUAAGCAGCGCCUGGAGCAGCUGCGUGAACGAUUCGCACCCAUACGCCGUAGUCGUAGUCGUAGCCGUGUCCCGCGAUCAUUUGGCACGGGCAAUACCAGCGAUGUCAUAGAGCUGCUGAAGGUGAAGCGAUUGCAUGUCAAGAAUCUCAUCUACCAGGGCCAAUUGCUGCCAGGCCACAUACUGGACGCGUCUCUGUUGACCCUCAGGGAACCCUUGCGGACCAAGGCGCUGCACACAGAGCAGCUGCUCACGCCGCAGGACUAUCAGAAUGACCUCAAAACUGUCGCCCCCUCGAGUGGAGACCCCAAGGCGGAUCUGUGGGUGCGUCAUUUGCAUGUGGAUCGCAUCAAUGGCGUGUCCUGGUUUGAGUUCUACGACUCGUUGUUCCUACGCUCCCGUGACGAACAGUUGGAGGGACGCCUCAUCUUUCAGUCGCGUUCGCGAGUGGUGAACCUCCAGGCGACACUGCUCAAUGGCCUGGUGGUGGCAAAGCUGUUCAAUCUGCGGCGCGAUCAGGUGAUUAGCUCCAAUCUGUUCAUGUCCGCCUUCUAUGUGUCCCGCCUGGAGGCGGGGCGCGUGAAUGGCCUGGACUUUGCCCGGGACAUAGUCUUUCGCGGCGGCAACAGCACGUGGAUAAAGACGCCCGUUCGCAUCUACCAGUUGAGCGUCUCGGGGGACAUCCUGGUGGGCAAUCAGACAGCCAGCACAGAGCCGUGGAUGCAGCCACGACAGACGCAAAUGGAGAAGGAGAACCAUCGCCUGCAGCAGUACUACACGGGCAGGGUGACCAUCAAGGGCUCCCUGACGCUGAACAAUGUGAAGAGGGAUGCCCAGAGGACGCGCCUGCUGCUGGCCACGGGCCAAUCACUGGCCGAGAAGGAUCUCCACUCCAACUACCUGCUGGCCCACGCUGCGCAGAAUCUAACCCAAUUGAUGUUUGGCAAUGCCAAGGUCACGACACCCUCACUGACCACCAGCCAUAUACAGGGCCAUCCCGUGGCGGAGCAUCUGCUGACCAGGGGCAGCCAGGCUGGGCAGGCGAAGGCGGUUGGUAACCGCACGUUGCACAUCAUCUUCAUGAAUGUCACCAUCGAGGGUGACAUUAUCUGUCGCGAUUACACCUCCCGCCUGGCCUUGAUCUCGCGGGAGGCAGUGCGUCAUGGCCAGCUGGCGAAUAUUACAGGGCACAAGCUGUUUGGCGCACCCGUGACCGUGCAGACGCUGCUCAGCCAGCAGCUGAACGGUGUGCCAGUGGACGAACUGGUGCUCAAGUCUCAGACCGUGCGGAAUUUCACCGGAGCCAAGGGAUUCCAGCGCUUGGUCGUUGGCAAGGAUAUGGAUAUUGGGAAAAACCUGAAUGCGAGUCGCCUGAAUGGACUGGCACUCUCCCAGCUGCUGGGCCACGCCCUCAGCCUGCAGCGGCUCGAGCUGGCUGACCACAGUGCAGGGCCAGUGCAGCUGCAGAGCCUCCACUUUCGACGCCUCAACGGUCUGCCCUUUGACGAGCUGCUGGGCAAGCUUUCGGCCGGCUCCGAGGAUGGGAACGCGCCGCAGCUGCUGCUCCGCAAGCAGCUCCUCAUCGAGGGGCAUGUCCGCUUCGAGCGGGGCCUCCACCUGCAGGCGGUCAAUGGGAUCCAGUGGGAGGACUAUCUCGCCCGCCUGGUACGACCCGAUGCCAAUGCGGUGCUGGAGGGCCGCAAGACCUUCCUGGCCCCCGUUCAACUGAGCGACGCCCUGCAGUCGCCGCACGUAAAUGGCCUGGAUCUGAGCAGCCUGCUGGACAACACUCUGCUCCGGACCACGCCGCAGGCCAUCACUGGGGCCUACAGCUGCCAGCGCAUGAGCGCCAGCAAUGUGGAUGUGCCCCGGCUGAAUGGAGUGGCUGCCCAGCUCUUUGUGGACACGCGUCGGGAGCAGCUGCUGCUCCAGGGCGAUCUCACUGUGGACCAGUUGAGUGUCAAUGGCAGUCUCGGGUGUCCCAGGGAUCUGGGACUGGAAGACCUCGACACUAGACUGGCGGCACUCUGGAAGCAGCCGUGGCGCCGACUGGUGGUGACUGGCGAUGCCCUCUGGCAGGAGGAGGAGGAGCAGGAGGGACAUGGUAGCCACCUCAACUAUCUGCGGGAGCAUGCAGUGCGACGGGAGGGAAACCAGACGAUUGCCGGGCACGUGCUGUUGCGGCAGCCCCGCCUGGAGAGGCUGCACACCAGGCAGCAGCAGCCGCUGCAGGCGGACCUCAACUUCACCCACCUGGCGGCUGAUGCCCUGCUCCGAUGGACGGCCAGCAACGAGAGCCAGCUGGUGGAGGCCCCCCAGCAGCUGCUGGGUCCCGUCUGGGCGAAAGGCUUGGACCUGGCUGGCGAUGGACACUUUGGGCGGCUGAACGACAUCGAUUUGGAGCGACUGAAUGCCUCCCUCUACCGCCUGUCCCAUGGCGGUGCCAUUCGUGCCGAGCUUCGCUUUGCGACGCCCCCGCGUCUGGGCAGACUGACGUUAGGUCAGCGCGGCCUGGUGAACGGUGCCCGUAUCGAGGAGAUCUUUGUGCAGGGCGGCGGCAGGCCCUGGCCUAGGGCCAGCUUCAGGCAGUUGCGAGUGGAGCAGGACCUGCGCCUGGGCAGCGUAAAUGAGAUGAUUCUGGACUACUUUUUCGAGCAUCGUGUGCCCCUGCGAGGCCCCACCAUGGAGGUGUUUGGUGGCCUGAGCUUCGAGCGACUCAUCCUCGAGGGGCGACCCCUGCUGCGGUCCAUCAACGGCAUUGGGCUGGAGGAUGUCGUCUAUCGGCAUAGCCCGCGACUGCAAUCGUUUGGCGGCAGCAAGACCUUUGCGGGCGGCGUGGAGUUCGCGGGGCCCGGCCAUGUGAUGCACCUGAAUGGCAAGGAUCUCAGCGAGCGCUAUCGCCAGAGCAUCUUCAAGGAUCGCGACUAUAAUAUCGAUAGCCUGUGGCUGGAUGAAGCCCGCUUUCCGGCCGGCCUGCUUUAUGUGGACGAGAGGCCACCACCUCCGGCGGAUUACCUGCUGCGUGAAGCGGCCAGCGAGCGAGAGCCCGAGGCUCUGCAGGCGCUGGAGGAUCUGCUGCAAAAGGCCAAGGGCGAGAAGGCCAGCAAGCGGCGACUGCUGUACCUGGACUACGACCAGCAGCCGUUGAAGGCGCUCUGGUUCAAGGCAGCAGCAGCAACAGCAACCAACGAAUCCUUUGACCUGCAGGGCAGGCUCAGCCUCGGCCAGCAGUCCUCGGACAUCUGCCAGGGUCGCCAGCUAAGGGCCCAGCUCCAGUGGCAGCCCGCGAGGGUCCACCUGGUCAACGUAAGCCUGUCCAGCGAGCUGCUGCGUGUGGACUCGGGCGAUAUACGCAUUAAAGUGCAGAAUCACUGCCAGCGACCGGUGAAGCGACUCCGCAGCACCAUCAGGAUCGAGUGCCGGAAUGAGUCCUUCACUUUGGGCAUGCGCCAGCCAGUGGAGCACCUGGAGAUGCUGGACGAGGCAUUGAUCCUACUUGGCAGUGGAGUGGAAGUGCGCAUUCUGCGGCUGAGCACUAGCAACUGCAGCCUCACCGACUGGCAGUCCCUGGACUCGGUCGAUGGCCGCCUGAUGAAGAUCAUUCGCACGGGGAAGCCCCAGAAGCAGCAGCUACUGCUGGCCAGCGGAGUGCACAGCCAUCGUCCGGCACUCGCCAUCCACUUGAGGGAUGCAUCCAGUGAGCGCUUCCUGCUCGCGCAGCUCAUCGACGGCGAUUACGACCAGGCCGAGUUCCACGAGGAUCAGCUAAUGCUCAGCUGUCGGGGCUGUCGCCACAUAGCCAUCUUCAUGCUCAGCCCCAACGACAACCACACACAGGCAGAUGGUCCACGGUUUGUGCCGCUGCAGCAGUUGCGCCUCCAGGAGUCCAUUCAGCAGAUCUUACCGCUCAGCGUGGGCGGAGAGCGCUACCUGCUGGUGCUCACACAGCCAGAGGCGAAGCCCUUCUACUUGUUCAGCUAUGGCCAGGUGGGCGGUUGGCAGCAGCACUCCUACGGCCACAAAGGAGAUGGCCAGCAGUGGGCCCUGCCGCUGGUGCAAUCCGGCGAGCAGUUGCAACAGAAGGAGGCACCAUUGAUGCUGCUCUGCGGAGGAGUAGAAGGCGCAGGAGAAGGAGCAGCAGAAGGAGAGUGCACACUGGUCAGAGCUUUGCUGGAUUAGGAUGGCAUUCAU